CCUUCUGAUAAAAGGAAGCAUUCAAAGACUGUUCUUGUCAGUGAUGUGUGUCAUUGCUCCUCAGGAACUUGGCUCGACUGAUCUCACCAUGACUAUCAACUUUAAACUGAUGAUACUGAUACUUGCACUGAAUCUCAGUGGUCAAGUUCAUACAGGUGAAAUCAUUGGUGGUAAAAAGGUUGCACUGCACGGCAGGCCAUACAUGGUGCUGGUGGAGACACAUGUGCAGACUGGAAAUCAGACUGGAAAACCAUCAUACUGUGGUGGCUUCAUUCUGAAUGCAGAAUUUGUGAUGACUGCUGCACAUUGCCAACCCAAUCAUUUCAGAUCCCACACAGUCUGGCUUGGAUUUAACAAGUACAGUAACAGAAACAUGAGCAUACCUGUGGAGAAAUCAAUUCCUCGUAAAGACUUCAAUGCAACUGAUUGCAGAAAUGACAUGAUGCUACUCAAGUUAAGCUCCAAGGUCAAUUUUAGCCAAGAUGUGCGUCCUAUUGCGCUGGCAGGUGAAGACGACGACUUUUUGCCAAAAUCAUGUUCAGUCUCCGGCUGGGGAAGCACAAACUCGAAUGGCAAACGUAUGUCUCAUGUACUCAUGGAAGCCAAUGUCACAAUCAUUGCCAGUGAGAAGUGUCCUAAGGAAAACUCCUACUGCUCUGAGGGGGAGACUGGACCAUAUACAGGAGACUCUGGGGGUCCAUUGGUCUGUGAAGAUGGGAAGGCAUACGGAGUUGUGUCUGCCGGUAAAGAAUCUGGUCAGCUCCUCCGUAGCUACACUAAGAUUCCUGAUUACAGAAGCUGGAUCGAUAUGAUUAUGAAGAAUCCUGAAAAUGCUUUAAUACUUGGCUGAUCUAAUUACAACAUGUGAAUAUAUCUGUUUGUGUAACAGUGGGGAGCUAGAAGUUGAGUCUGUUAUAAUUAAAUGAGAUGACCAACAUUUUUAUUUUUUUUAUUUUCCAUAUGUUAAAUGAGUCUUACUCAGUUGCUUUGAAAAUAUUUUAUCAAAAUUAGCUCAGCUUUUAUAAUUAAAUAUCCGUUGAGACUUCCUGUUGUUUGGUUCCGCUAUGCAACAUUAUAUGGUUAAAUACAUUACUGCUUUGUUCAUCUUUUUUCUUUUUAAUCUUGUCAAAAUAACGGUUUCAUUUCAGUUUGUUUUGUAAUGACUUUUAAAACAAGAAACUGUUGCUCUCUUUCCAUGAUCUCUAAUAAUGAAAUAAAAUCAACAAAAAAGACAA